UACGAAAAGGGAAUGAUAGGAUUUGACUUCACCUUCAGAGUGGUCUCUAAUGAGCUUUGAUUGUGUCUCAUUCCACGAAGGAAAAGAGUGAUACCAUCCUGGGGAAGGGCAACUCUGAAUCCCAAUGAUGAAAUAAAUCUACAAUUCAGGUAACAAAUCACAAGACAGUGGCAUAGCAGAGAUGGAAGAACUUCCUGUACCACAUAACAUCAAAAUAAGCAAUAUUACAUGUGACUCAUUUAAGAUUUCAUGGGAAAUGGAUUCAAAGUCAAAGGACCGUAUUACACAUUAUUUCAUUGACCUCAACAAGAAAGAGAACAAGAACUCAAAUAAAUUUAAACACAAGGAUGUUCCAACAAAGUUGGUAGCAAAAGCUGUCCCCUUGCCUAUGACUGUCCGUGGACACUGGUUUUUGAGCCCAAGAACUGAAUAUACAGUUGCAGUUCAGACUGCCUCAAAACAAGUCGAUGGUGAUUAUGUUGUAUCUGAAUGGAGUGAAAUUAUAGAAUUCUGUACAGCAGACUAUUCAAAAGUUCAUCUAACACAACUGUUGGAGAAGGCUGAAGUGAUUUCAGGACGUAUGCUUAAAUUUUCUGUUUUUUAUCGUAAUCAGCACAAAGAAUAUUUUGACUAUAUUCGAGAGCACCAUGGGAAUGCUAUGCAGCCCUCUGUCAAGGAUGACAGUGGUAGCCACGGCUCCCCUAUCAGUGGAAAAUUAGAAGGCAUCUUCUUCAGCUGCAGCACUGAAUUCAAUACUGGGAAGCCACCUCAGGAUUCACCUUAUGGAAGAUACAGGUUUGAGAUUGCAGCAGAAAAACUUUUUAACCCCAAUACUAAUUUAUAUUUUGGGGACUUCUACUGUAUGUACACUGCUUAUCAUUAUGUGAUUCUUGUUAUUGCCCCUGUGGGAUCACCAGGAGAUGAAUUUUGUAAGCAGCGCCUUCCUCAACUAAAUUCGAAGGAUAAUAAGUUUUUGACCUGUACAGAAGAAGAUGGGGUGCUGGUUUAUUACCAUGCCCAGGAUGUCAUUUUAGAAGUCAUUUACACUGAUCCUGUGGAUCUUUCUCUGGGCACCGUGGCAGAAAUCACUGGUCAUCAGCUCAUGAGUUUGUCUACUGCAAAUGCAAAGAAAGAUCCCAGCUGCAAAACCUGUAAUAUCAGUGUUGGACGUUAACACCCACUUUUCUUAUUCUUACUCAUCCCCUUUUCUUCCACUAGGAGCAUUGAUCCUCUGUUGUCCAUUUUCAUCAUCAAAUGUUUUCCACUGAAGCAUGCACAUGCCACUAUCACCAAAAGCAAACUACCACUUCUCAAAUUUCAUUCAGAGCUAUUUUAGUGUUUCUUAUUCCCCACCCUUCCCACUACUUUCAAUGAUCAAAUAUCCUAAGUUCUCCUUCUGACACUUUAUUUGCCUAGAUGCUGCAAUGUUUUUAUUUUUCCUAUAUGCCAAACAUAACAAGAGAAUUACAUAGAAUGCUUUAGCAAAAUACAAAAUAAUGGCUUAUAAGUGGUGUUUAAAUAUGCAUUCAUUUUAAUCUACUGAACAAAUACUGGAAUAACUCCAAACGCAUGAAGGGUGUAAUUGCAGCAUGAGUUAAAUCUUGAAGCCUAGAAUUGUCAGCACUUCCAAUUUGUUGUUUGACAGUGUUAUUUAUGUUAUUUAUAUUAGCUAACAGGAAACAACUACUGUGUUUCAGCAUAAUAAAUAUAAUAGAAAAAUAUUUUAUUUGUAUUGUUGUAUAAAAUAUUUACAAUCAUAUUGAAUAUGUGGAGUUACAUUUUAAUAGCAAUUGUAUACAUUGUCAUGAAACCAUUUCCCUUAUCAAAGAUGUAAUUUGUAAACCUCAAGUAGUUGUGUAUCUGUCCUGUUACAAGUGGAUGACUUCAAUUAAACAAAUUUAUGAAGGA